AUGGAGGACCCAUCCAUCAUCUACGCUUGCGUCGCGGUCGUGGCCGUGGCCUUCAUCGUCAGGUGGUACAUCGAUCCGCUGCGGGCUAUACCUACCGUCGGGGGCUCUGAUCUACCCGUCCUAUCGUAUGGUGGGGCUUUCAGAUGGGUCCAUCACGGAAAGGAGAUGCUACAGGAUGGCUACGACAAGUAUCGAGGCGCGACGUUCAAGGUAGCUAUGCUUGACCGCUGGAUGGUCAUUGCCAGUGGCUCGAAGCUCGUGGAGGAAAUGAGGAAGCGUCCGGAAGAAGAAUUGGACAACAUGGACGGGCUCGGGCAGUUUUUACAAACGAAGUACACGCUCGGAGAGGACGUCCAUAACGACCCCUUCCAUGUGGACAUCAUCCGGGACAAGCUCGCGCGUGGUCUUCCGGCAGUCCUCGCCGAAGUCAUCGAUGAGCUUACUGUGGCAACUCGGGAGCACAUCCCUACGGAGGGAGACGCGUGGUUGAGCGUUAAUGCUUCGGAGAAAACACGAGACAUUGUCGCUCGUGCGAGCAACCGUGUCUUCGUUGGACUGCCCUUAUGCCGCAACAAGGGCUAUCUCGACCUUGCUGUCGACUUUGCUAUCAGCGUCAUGAAGGACAGGGCGGUGAUCAAUAUUUUCCCGGAGGUGCUGAAGCCGAUAGUCGGGCGUCUUGUCAGCAAGAGCACAACGAGCGUACGUCAGGUUGCGGUGUACUUGGCUCCUCUUAUCAAGGAGCGCCAACGGCCAAUGGCGGAACACGGCGAUGACUGGUCGGAAAAGCCAAAUGACAUGCUUCAGUGGAUCAUGGAGGCGGCUGCAACCCGGGACUCCUCCGUCAAGGCCAUUGUCGAGCGUAUGCUCGUUGUCAACUUUGUCGCUAUACAUACCUCGUCAAACAGUGUCACCCACGCACUCUACGAUCUCGCCGAGCGUCCCGAGCUCCUGAAACCCCUUCGAGAGGAGAUCGAACCUCUGGUCAAAGACGAGGGUUGGACGAAGAACUCCAUGGCCAAGAUGUGGAAGCUUGACAGCUUCCUGCGCGAGUCCCAGCGCCACAACGGUGUCAGCAUCAUCUCCCUCAUGCGCGUAGCGCACAAGGACAUCACGCUCAGUGACGGGACGUUCAUUCCCAAGGGCACGCUGCUUUCAGUACCCGUCUACUCGAUGCACCACGACGACUCCCUCUACGAGGAUGCGGCCAGUUUCGACGCGUUCCGCUUCUCGCGCAUGCGCGAGCACGCGGGCGAGGCUGCAAAGCACCAGUACGUCAACACGUCCGUCGACUACGCCUCCUUCGGUCAUGGGAAACAUGCCUGCCCUGGUCGAUUUUUCGCUGCGAACGAGCUGAAGGCGAUGCUGGCUCAAAUCGUGCUGAACUAUGACCUGAAGCUUCCGGGAGACGGGAAGCGGCCUGAAAACAUGUACUGGAGCGAAGGCGUUCUUGCUGCGCCUUCCGGAGAGGUGCUAUUCAGGAAGAGGCAAGUUUAA